AUGUCGAGCAACAACGGCGUGAGGGGUGUGCUCAGUGAUGCCUUGCCUCUAUGUGGAUCUUGCGACAAUAACAAUGUUGAUGAAAUUCAGUCAGUAGGAAGAGAUCAAGCUCCAGCUGUUGGCAUGUAUUAUGAAAAUGAGGAUCAGAGGCUUACUAACUUUUUUGGGGUGCAUCCUCGAAGCAUCGCAGCUUAUGAAGAAUUUUGUGAUGUUGUUAUAGUUGAUACAACAUAUCUUGUUAAUCAUUAUAGAAUGUCAUUUGCUAGCAUUAUCAGAAUAAAUGAUUACGAACAAUCAAUUCUAUUAGGCAGUGCACUUAUUUCUCAUGAGGAUUCUAAAAGUUUCAAAUGGAUUUUCAGUAUGUGGCUUGCAGCGAUGAGAGGUCGUGCUCCUUAUGCAAUCAUGACUGAUCAAUGA